AGGCUUCGCCUAUCCCAGAUAUCAUACUGAAGUUGGGGAUAUUUUAGUAUUUGGAUUUGGUUUGGACAUCUUGUUAUUUCUGCUUUUGUGAGGUGCGAUCUCUGCUUUGGACUUGCAGUCCCCUGCAAUUCGUUCUCCAAGACGGCCCUCAUCCAAGUGCGCUUCCUUCUUCUUCAUCUUCUUCUUGUCUGAGAGAAUGGCUCCCCAUUAACCCUCUUCCUCUUCUUUACCAAAGUCCGUCCUACAACAUUUCCUUCUUCGGGCGGAAAGAUAACUCUCCGCCUCUCGUUGCUCGAGGCGAUGGCGAUGGUGGAAAAAGUCCAACAGGUCUUCUGUGUCGGAACCGCAGACACCAAGUUGGACGAGCUCCAAUUCCUUGCAAAUUGUGUCCAGUCCUGCUUGCAGAAGUUCGUUCUUGGCUCUUCGUUACAGGUGGAAGUAACUGUUGUUGAUGUCUCCACCAAUAACGAAGAACUUACAAGCAUGGAAAACUUCUCCUUUGUGCGGAGAAGGGAUGUUCUUCUCUGUUCUACUGGCACUGAAAACUCAUCGACUCAACUUCCUAGUGACAGAGCUAAAGCAAUUUGCUUGAUGAGCAGGGCAGUUCAGUGCUUCCUUAAAAGGGCUUAUGAUGAUGGAGUUCUUGCUGGAGUUAUCGGUCUUGGUGGAAGUGGUGGGACAUCCCUGCUUGCUCCUCCUCUGCAAACACUUCCCCUGGGGGUGCCAAAGCUCCUUGUGUCAACUGUUGCUAGUGGUCAUACGGAACCUUAUAUUGGCACUUCUGACUUAGUAUUGUUGCCAUCAGUUGUCGACAUUUGUGGGCUUAAUCAUGUAAGCAGGGUUGUUCUAUCUAAUGCGGGGGCUGCUGCUGCUGGGAUGAUUGUUGGAAGGUUAUCACAGAUAGGAGUUUCUGACUAUACAAGUGUAAAGAAAACAGUUGCUAUGACCAUGUUUGGAGUUACAACUCCAUGUGUAAGUGCAGUGAAAGAGAGGUUGGUGAGAGAUGGUUAUGAGCCGCUUGUGUUUCAUGCUACUGGGGUUGGUGGUAAGGCCAUGGAAGAGCUUAUCAGAGGUGGUUUCAUACAGGCUGUUCUGGACAUUACAACAACUGAAGUUGCUGAUCACAUCGUGGGUGGUGUGAUGGCCUGUGAUAGCUCAAGGUUUGAUGCCAUCAUAGAGAAGAAAAUACCAUUGGUCCUCAGCAUAGGAGCACUGGAUAUGGUGAAUUUUGGCCCAAAAGUGACAAUUCCUGCAUGCUUUGAUAAAAGAAAAAUACACAUGCACAAUGAUCAGGUCUCACUCAUGAGAACCACCCCAGAAGAGAAUAAAAGGUUUGCUAGAUUUAUUGCUGAUAAACUAAAUAAAGCAACAUCAAAUGUCCGUGUUGUGCUUCCCUGGAAGGGUGUAUCUGCAUUGGAUGCUCCUGGAAAGCCUUUUUAUGACCCAGAUGCCACUAGCGCUCUUAUACACGAGUUAGAGAGGCUCAUUGAAAAAACUGAACAUCGCCAGGUAAAGGUAUUACCUUAUCAUAUAAAUGAACCUGAGUUUGCAGAUGCACUUGUAAAUUGCUUCUUGGAGAUCAGUCCUGAAAUUCAAAGUAAUGCACGUUCCUGUUCUGCUCAAAUUUCUGAUGAGAUCCUUGACAAAGAGGUUGAUACACGUGAAUACAAGCCAAAACAUUCAACUUUUACAUACAGUCCAGUUGACUUUCCUGAUGCAAAACCAGAAACUCUGCGAAAGACACAAAUGAUGUUGCAACAAUUGAAGAUGCAGAUCAGCAAAGGGCUGCCAAUAAUAGGUGCAGGAGCUGGGACCGGAAUAUCUGCAAAGUUUGAAGAAGUAGGGGGAGUAGAUCUAAUAGUAAUAUAUAAUUCAGGACGGUUUCGAAUGGCAGGACGGGGUUCCUUGGCAGGCCUGUUACCCUUUGCAGAUGCUAAUGCUGUGGUGCUUGAUAUGGCUAACGAAGUUUUGCCAGUGGUGAAAAAGGUGCCUGUUCUUGCUGGAGUAUGUGGGACAGAUCCUUUUCGUCGAAUGGACUACUUCUUGCGGCAAUUAGAAACAGUAGGGUUCUGUGGAGUUCAAAAUUUUCCAACUGUUGGCCUCUUCGAUGGCAACUUUCGUCAAAAUAUUGAAGAAACGGGAAUGGGUUAUGGCUUGGAAGUGGAAAUGAUCAGAAAGGCACAUAACUUUGGACUCUUGACAACCCCAUAUGCUUUCAAACCUGAAGAAGCAGUAGCCAUGGCAAAAGCUGGAGCUGACAUUAUUGUUGCACAUAUGGGACUCACUACAUCAGGAUCUAUAGGUGCCAAAACUGCUGUUAGCUUAGAGGAAAGUGUGGCCCUUGUGCAGGAAAUUGCAGAUGCUGCCAAACAGAUCAACCCACAUGUUAUCAUUCUGUGCCAUGGAGGCCCAAUCUCUGGCCCAGCAGAAGCAGAAUUUGUGUUAAAGAAUACCAAGGGGGUCCAUGGAUUUUAUGGUGCAUCGAGCAUGGAGAGACUGCCUGUUGAACAAGCUAUUACAAGGACGAUCAAGCAAUACAAAUCUAUUUCCUUGGAAUAAUUUUUUUUUUUUUCAGAGCACCAGCAGUGAAUAACAUACCUGGACGGAUAAAGGAUGGCAAGUCGAGUUUAAUUAGGACCAAUAAUUGAAGGAAAGAAGAAAAGGAAUUGCAAUGCAGAAGGUGAGGAAAACUGCCAAGAAACUGUGAAAUAAGUCAGGGAUCCCAACGCAUAGCCUUUAGUUGGCUUUCUCCAUAUCUUGGAAACCUGAAUAGUUGAAGUUAUCAGAUAAGGUUCACUGCAGCUAUCUGUAUUAGCGCGGUCCAUUGAAGCUCUGCAUGCUUCUUGUCAUCCUUUAAAAAGUACUUGAACUUCAAACAGUUCAACAUUAAAAAGAAACAAAAGUUACGUUGGACUGCUAUAUCUAUUUUCAUUAAUAACAUUUUUUUGUCUGUAUCCAAAAUAUGAUGUAUGUUAACCUCUUUUUUU